AUGUCGGACGAAGCCCCCCAACAAUCAACUUCCAGAUUGGACAAUGCCGGAACACUGUUACAAUCCGUGUCAACCUCCAUGACUCAUGAGAAGAUCACCAUAUUACCCGGACACGAACCGGAUUAUACAGCUUGCACAUUCUGUCUGUGGCAAGAGGAUCAUACACUAGGUAAUGCAUUGAGGUGGAUCAUAAUGAAAGACCCCGACGUAGAAUUUUGCGGUUAUACAGCUCCUCAUCCCUCGGAACCUAAAAUACACCUACGUAUCCAAAUGUACGACAACCUCUCAGCGGUAGAUUGUCUUCGUAAAGCUUUGGCAAAUCUCCGAGAUCUAUUCAAAACAGUGGAAAAGUCUUAUAAUGCAAGCCUAAAGAACGACAAUUACAUCAAAGAAGAUGACAUAGAUGUCAGAGCAGCAGUAGAUGAGACUUUGAGACAGAGAGGAUUUGGUGUGGAAGGGGAUGCAGAGCAAAUGGAUAUAUCAUAA